AUGGAACACAAAAUAGAGUCACUUUUGACAGACUUGAAGUUUUCAGAAAUAUGCACAUGUAUAGAUCAAGAAGAGUGUCAAGUUGAAAUGAUCGCAAAAUGGAUUUGCUCAAACAUACUUGUUAUAAAUGUAAAAAUGUUAGAGAAAUGCAAAAAAGGACAAUCAGAAAAUCCGAAUAUUAACAUAAUGGACAAGGUAAAUGAUGAACUCGGCAACACAAAAAACAUAGAAUUAAUUUCAUGUACAAAAAGUUUUAUUUCCCUCUUACAUAAAAUUAUACUCCAUUUUGAUAAAAUAAAUUUAGAAACAAAUAAAAUGAUAUACGAAAUUUAUUUGACCACAUCUUUAAGAGUUUUAAUUUUUUCAAAUGAAAAUAAUUUCUUCAUUCAAAAUUCUGUUCUUCACCUCAUUCACGAUUUAUCUACACAAAAAAAGAAAAUUUCAAGUAAUUAUGCAUAUUCAUAUGAACUUACAAGGCAUUUGCAAAACUUAUAUUUCUUCAUUAAUUUAUCCGAUUUUAUUUAUUUACAUGCAAUACUAAUUUAUUUAUGUGUGAACAUGAACUCUGACCUAAGUAAUGAGUGCAAAAAAGACACAGAACAUCAAAUUUUACAAACACUCAACAAAAUUAACCAUCUUUUUGAUAGUCUAAUAAUAUGCUUCUACACUUCCAAUGGGGAAAAACAGAAAGAAGUUGUAGAUAUAUACAAUUCAGAGGAAAUUUUUAGUGAAUCACACAAGCGUGAGGUUAUUUGUGUCCCCAUAAAUGAUCACUCAUCAGAUACAAAUUGCUUGUCUAGGGAAUACCUCCUAUCAGAUACCAUGAAUAAAAUCGAUAUAAAAAUUAUUCACAAGACAAAUAAAACAUUCCAUUUGGUCUAUAAGAAUAUACAGAUAUCAUUUGACACCAACAAAUAUCCUCAUAAUGAAAUUCAGUUUCGUCAGAAUUAUACACCUGAAAAUGUAAAUAUAAAUAAUUUUCUUCUUCUACUUAAAAUUUUGUCUCCAAACUUUCUAGUUUGGGUAUCAAAUGAUGCGAUUAAAAAAUCUGAAGAAAACAACGAAGGGGAAAGUACCAUUUCAGACAAUGAAAAAAAACAAUGCUAUAAAUUGUUCCACAUGUAUAUAAUAGAAAUUUCACAAAAUUACAAUUACAUAAAAGAAACAUCAGAAUCUAUAUUUUUAUUUUAUUUCUUAAUAUGUUCAUUGUGUAAUAUGGGGAAAAAUAAAUGGUGUGAUAAAAUAUGUAAGCUAAUGGAAAUCGCAAAAAGGAAUUUCAAUGUCCUCCUUAAAAUCAAUAAUUAUAAUAUAGACAAAAAGAGCAUCACGAGGAUUCGUCACAUUUCUGAGAGAAAUACAGAACGUAAAGAUGAUAAGAACAGGGGAAAAGUAAAUGAACUCAUAGAAAGGACAAUUUUGAAUGAAUUUCCUUCUAAGGAAGAAGCCAGGAGUAAUCCUAAACUACCUGAAAAUUUCCUACAAAAUUUUGAUGCAACAUCUUCAGAUUCUGUAGGACCCAUAGAAGGGAAUCCUAUGGAAUUACGAGAAAUUCACAAAAAAUUAUACCAAAUAUCAUGGGAUUCUAUUUGGAAAAAGAAAAAUAAAAUAUUGCUCAAAAUGAAAAGUCUCAUAAUUUGGGGAUACAUUCAACCAGAUGAUGUGGAUGAAUGGAGUUUUCUAAAUUCGGCCAAUAGCUUUAUUUUUACUGAUGACAUUUGGAGUAAUUAUUACAAAAGCGGAAAGUAUAUAAACGAAUAUAUUUUUAAGAAAAAUAAUUUUUUUACAUACAAUUAUACAGUUUUCAAAAGCACAUAUGAGUGUAAAACGUUAUGCUACAAGUAUAUGGAUUUUUUCUCUGAUUUUGUUGCAUUAUUAAUACUUAACAUGAUUUCUGCAUUAACCAAAUUUUAUCUUCUAAGUGAUGAAUCAUCUGAAAAAGACGAAAAUAAAAUGAACUCCCAGAAGAAUCUCAAAACGAAAAAGAAACAAGAAAAACAUGUGUCAAGUGAAGCAAAAACUAUGAAUUCACCAUAUGAAGAAGCAAACCCAGUGGAAGAAAACAGAACCAAUAAGUCACCAAAAAUAAACUCCAAAAAUGGAGAUACAAAAAAGUGUAAACACAUGAAUAAUUGUAAUAGAUACAUAAUCCCGGAAACAAGUGAAUAUUUGCUGGAACAACUAAGUCAGGACAUUAUGAACAUCCAUUUUCCCUUUUCAAUUUCACAAACGAAUGAAAUGAUUGAAGCUAUAUUUAACGAUUUUCUCUUUAUUUGUUUUAAAUUGAUAAGUUAUCCCUGCGAAGAAAUACAAAUGAGUUGCUUGGAAGUCAUAUCUCUUCUUAUCCAGAACAUAAACAGGGCAAGCGAUUCAUAUGUGAAAUACAUGAACAGAAAAACAGAGAAUUUAAUUUCCCUUAUUGAUUCGUGGGAUGUAGACUAUGAUGGUAGAGAUAAUGCAUGCAGUUAUCGAGCGAACCUUGUUGUUCAAAGUUAUGUUCAUUUGAUAUGCAAAAUAAACAAAAAAAUUAAUAUCAAUAUGAUUACAUCCUUUGAAAAGUUAAUAAAUAUAUGUUCCCUUAAAAAUUACAACAAAAACAUAUGCAUAAUAAUUUGUAAAAAUAUCAUUCCAGCAUUUUAUUAUCACCCAUUAUUAUUUCCAUUCUUAUUACAUAAAUAUAUGAACAUAAUUUUUUAUUUAACGGAAGCAAAUGAUAUCAACAUAGUAGUAGAUUCAUUGAGAUGUCUUUUUUUAUUGUUUCAAAUAAAUUCUGAAGAUGUCAAAAUUUAUCAUUACGAUAUUGUGUAUAGACUACACCUACUAUUCAAUGUGUUCAACAAAACAGAUUUAGAUUCCCUGAAAAAUUCAUUUGUUAAGUUUAAUUCCACCUCACGAAAUAAUGAUCAAGAUGACAACCCCCACAAUGUGAUAAAGUUUUUAAAAAAAUUUUAUUUUCAUAUUAAAAAAGUCGACAAGGAUAGCUCACAAAUAUUGAUGCACAUUAAACUGAUUCUACGUUGUAUAUACAAAACAACUUCAGUUAGCCACUACUAUCAAUUAAUUUGUAUUUUUGAAGAUAAUCCGCAGGAAUUUAAGCAACAUUCGAAAGACUUUCAUAUAUUUGCUACCUUCUAA